UCUAAAAUUGUAAGUACAAACUGAAAACCAAAAACCGGACCAACACACAGCAGCUCGAGCUUGAAUCUGACGAAGCCCUAACUUUUUUUUUUUUCCCUUUCAAUUUUUUCUUCAAUUUCAUCUUCACUUUUACGGUAGGACUUGAAUUGGAUCUCAGCGCUUCCUUACCCUUUUCGAUUCGCUUUGUUCGUGUUUGCAUUUUUUGUUUUUAAUCUUAAUCAGACUGGAAAGUGCGUCCUUUGAAUCGUUUGUUCCCAGUUUCGAGGAACUUUCUGGAUCGUGAAGAUAGUUUUUUUUAGGAAAUUCCCGAAGGAUUUUCAGGGAUUGGUUGAGGAUUGGCCGGAAUCUAGGCAGCCAAUGCUAUUACUUUUGUUUCGAGUUGAAAGAAGUUUUCGGUGAUUUUUGAUAUACCGGAAAAGUGUUGGGAGUUCGCCAAUGUCUUGGGCAAGCGCGGAAGAUAUCUACCUUUCAACUUCUCUUGCCAAUUACCUUGACAAGAAGGUUCUUGUACUACUUCGAGAUGGUCGGAAGCUAUUAGGGAUACUCCGUUCAUUUGAUCAAUUUGCUAAUGCUGUUCUUGAAGGAUCCUGCGAAAGGGUGAUCGUUGGUGAUCUUUACAGUGAUAUUCCUUUAGGUCUCUAUGUAAUUCGAGGGGAAAACGUUGUUUUACUUGGCGAGCUGGAUUUGGAGAAGGAGGAGCUCCCUCCACACAUGACUCAUGUUUCUGCUGUGGAGAUUAAAAGGGCUCAAAAAGCAGAGAGAGAAGCUACAGAUCUUAAAGGUACAAUUAGGAAAAGACUGGAAUUCCUUGAUCUGGAUUAAUAGCUGUGUUUCAAAAUCUUGGAUUUGUUAGCUUUCUUGUUUGCAAGUUCUUCUCCAGCCGCUUGCUCAUUGCCCAGUAAGUCAAUCUGCUCACAUACUGGUUGUGUAUGGACAAUUCAGAGUAUUUUUUUGGCCACUAGAAUCUUAACAUUAUGUUGUUGACCUUCAAUUUCUCGUGUAAUAUUUUAUUCGAUAAAUAAAAACUCUUUCCUCUUAAUCCCCCACCCACCAGAUCAUGAUCUCUUUUAACUUAAAGCCUUCUUAUUAAGGCUAGCCAAA